AUGGCUGGUCUACAGGGUUUUGCAUCAGAUGAAGGGGCGGACCGGCACGGGUUGAGUGAUAUUGGAGGGUCGUUUUCUGUGGGUGGCGUGUCGUUACUCGCACAUGGAACUGGCUUGUUUGCUGAUUUUAGUAUGCUUCAGAAGCUCCGCACAGAGCAGGGAUUUCAAGAAUAUUUGAAAUUCCGUGAGCAUGCAUUCAAGCUCGCAGCAGAAGAACUGGUUGCUGCAUGCAAUUCGCCUGUUGAUUUGUUUGUCCAGACCGAGUGUGAUGAGAGGCUUUUUCAAGAGCACUUCCUCAAGUUCGUGACUUUACGUGAACAGUAUUCUGUGGUUGUUGAUGAUGUUGAUGGAAGUAAAGAAAGUUUGGUUGAUGAUGGAUCACCACGCCGUGUCUUGAAUGAGGAUGAGUUCAAUCACAUCCAGCGUAAGAAUGACAAAGAUAUACUUCUAAACACAUUGCAUGGUGUUCGAAGAUAUUAUGCGUACCGCAAAGCCCUUCUGCAACUUGACUUUAUCAAGUGGAAUAGUAACCCCGAGGAAGUUUUAGAACGGAUUAAAGAGUCAACUAGAUGGUUUGAUGAGCUGGAUGAUUAUGAGCUACAACUUGGUUUAAAGGGUCAUAUGGAACUUUUAAAGAGAUAUGUGAGUGAAUUGGACACAACUUCCACAAGCAGCAGCAUGCCUGAGUUUGAAAGUGUAGCUUUGGAGGAGAUCAACUCUCGUAUGAGUUCAGAAUUAGAAAAGCAUCUACAUCUCCGUGACCAGUGGCUUAUGCAAGAAUACUUCAAUCGUGUGAAAAUAAGGAACUUUGCCAGAGUGUGUUAUAAUGAAUCAGAAAAGACUGGAGUCAUUCUUGUUGAAGAGUUUCUACCCGUACGACAAUUGCAAGAACAGAUGUUACCCAAAAGCUUGCCCCAGAUUUUGGGAGAACAGCUGUUACCCAGAAAUUUGCCCCAGAUGAAACAGAGAGUUAAGCAGUCACUUGAGUCAGCCAUGGGUUACCUGCAUCGACAGCGUGCUCCUCGUCCAAGGGUAUUUAAUCUGGCAUGUGCAAUUACUCUUCUAUCAACAACAUGCAUGGCCAACGAGAGUAAGACUGUCAACUGA